AUGACAAGGGGGGUAGUUGCACGUAAGAAAAGAUGGUAUAAGAUCAACAAGGUUGUUGCACAAUUUGCUGGUUGCUACGAUCAAGCUAGUCGAAACAUAAGGAGUGGUUCGAACGUUGAUGAUAUAAAGGAGUUGGCUUAUAAUCUUUAUUCCACAAAUUAUGGUCAAAAAUUUACUUUUGAGAGGCAUUGGAACAUGCUUCGGUUGGAGCAAAAAUGGAGAAAAACAUCGUUGACUGACGAACCCGGUGUGGACUCUCCCGUUCCACCACAAGGAUCAAAGAAGAGCAAGCAAAAAGGUAAGGAAAAAGCACAGAUGUCUGAAGAUUUUAGUGAAAGAAAAUCAUCGAUUGUCAAAAAAUUAUCUCUCAUGGAAGAUAUUAAGAAUGUUAUAGAAAAGGAAUUAAUGGAUAGGGAAAAAGAAAGAGAAGAGGAGAAGGAACAUAGAGCAAAGAUUAUGGCAAUAAAAAAGAAGGAGUUACAAAUUCAAGCGGCAAUAAAGAACAAGAAUUAUAAGUUCAAGCAACAAUGA